AUGAGAUUAAAGAACCGCGCAGCUUACCAGAAAACCACUGUACUCGAAGCUCUAGUUAAUUUAUUUAUUUGGCUGCAUAUGCUUGAAGAUUAUCUACCGAGCACGUGGUACAGCUGCGCUUACAGAACGAAGUCGGGAGCGUGGCUCAGACAAGCGGCACGUGGCCGGCACACGCUUAACCAAGUGCCCGGAACAUGUACCGACGCCUUCCUCAAAACUGCUUUUAUAGCCGUGUACAAUCGACCGCCACAUACAAACACUUAA